AUGUGUUCUUCAACCCAUGGCCAGAGCAGCCCUUAUGCAACCGAAGUCAUGAAGAUGAAGAAAGCGGAGCUGGCGGCGGGGAUCAAGGAUUCGGACGGUCUCAUCCAGAGACUGGCGGACUAUGGCAUUUUCACGGCCGAACAGAAGUUGUCUCUGUCCUACUACAAGACAAACCCUGAAAAAGUGACCAGGGUCUUGGACAUGCUGAUUUCCCAAGGGGAGCAUGCCUGUAGAAUGUUUUUUUAUCCCUGUCUGAAACAGCUGGAGCCUGACCUGUAUCAUGUCAUAAGAAAAUAUACCAUGGGCACAGAAGAGGUCCUCCCAGGAGCUGAGGGGCAGCUGGUGGGCCACUUACUGGAUAGAGACAAAGAGAGCCUGGAAAAAUCCACCGAACUAGACCACGAAAAGCAGACCACGGGCAUCCAGGAAGCUUCGGUCAAGCCCAAGAUGAUUUCUUUUACGACCGCUAAACCGAGAAAGUUUCCUCCAGUUCAGACUCCUGUGAACAGCCCCACUCCUCCCAUCUAUCUUCUGACCGCCUCAGGUAAGGGGGACGUAGCUGAUACAGAGAAUGUCCUAGAAGACAAGUAUAUCAACGAAGUAACGUUCCCGAGAGAAAGCCCGCUGGGGAUGGCGAUGGCCGACGAAUCCACCGAAAUCCUCGGUUUUCCGAUCGCCAAGGGCCCUAGGGCUGAAGGGAAGGAGGGCAAGGAGAAGUCCCUUCUGCAAAGAGCUGCUGAAAGGGCCCGUGGGGACUCUGUGAAAGUUCUCCAAGGAGGGAUGGGCAGCAGUAACUUAGAGAGAGAUAUCAUGAUGCCCCUGGGAUUCAACUUACAAGGCAGCCAGCUCUCCCUCAUCAGACCGAUCCUGGAAGAAAACAUUGGGACCCCUUAUUAUUUCCAGCACAGGUCAGUCUUCCAAGAGGAACACGAGGGGUUUCGGGUAUUCCCAGAUCAUGACAGGUUCCUGGACGCCCUGGAGGUCCACAAGGACCACAGGGUGGACCCAGCUUCCAAGUCCCCGGAGAUAAAUAGCUUGGACGAAGCCAUCAAGAUCCUGUUGACAGCUGGGAUCAAUGCAGACUCCAGCAUCGUCCACAACGCUUUCCAUCACGAUGACCAGGCUGUCAUCCAGCUGCUGCUGAAAUACUCGGCGGCCCUGCCGCGGGAGACCAGGGAGCUGGCCCUUUUCGAAGGCAUCCGGAAGAACCUUCCCGAAGUCGUGGCGGCCCUGGCGGACGGGGGCACCCCCCUGGACGUGCAGAACGAGCACUACUACACGCCCUUACUCUUGGCGGCCGAGAUGGACAGGACCUUGUGCGCCGAAGUCCUCAUCCAGAGGGGAUCCAACAUGGAGGCCAAAACCUCCUACGCGGAGUCCGCCCUGCACCUGGCCGUUAAGGCGGGGGGCAUUUACACGGUAGAGCUCCUGCUGGAGAGCGGGAUGAGUCCAAACGUCCAAGGCUUCAACGGCCAGACCCCCCUCCACGUCGCCGCCUGGUAUAACAAACACGAGAUGGUCGGCCUGCUGGUCCAGGCAGGGGCCCAGAUCAACACCUUCAGCUCCGAGCAGAACACCCCCCUGCACAUUGCCAGCGAGAAAGGGAACGUGGACGCGGCCAUCCAGCUGAUCCAGUACAAAGCCGAUCCCAACUUGAAAAAUAAGCUGAACAUGACCCCCCUCCACCUGCCGCCCGGGCGGGCAACAAGACCAUGGUAG